CUUACUCUGUGGUCGGUACAAAAAUGACAAUUUUUUACCAAAUUCGUCUUAAAAUUUUAGAAUUAUAAUUUUAAUAAACCGUGCAUUUAUGUAAAGGCGGCUAUAAUUGAAUCAUAAAUACAAUGGCUUACACAGAAAAGGUUUCUAUCAGUGGUACAGCGCUGUCGUUUCUUUUAUAUGAAUGUGUAAAUUCUGGUAAUGGGCAGGAGGGCUUUCUGAUUGGUGACGUGACAUCCGAAAUUACAAAUCACAUAUCGGACACUCAAAGUGACUCAGCGCGGCUGGACACACAAACAGUGAUCAGAACAGUCCUGCCUCUGCCAUCUGUAUCACUCUUCUACCUCCCAACUGGUAAAAUAAAAGAAGAUGUACUCAAGGAAGUUCUAUCUACAACUGCAAGUGAAAUAGUUGGCUGGUACAAAUAUAGGAAAAACAACAGCAUAAAACCUACAUUCCGGGACAAACUAAUAGCUAAAGGCCUACAAAAGUACUUUGACAAGUAUCAUGACCAGAAACACUUUGUUACAUGCAACUUGACAAACAAAACAACAGCCUGUGGAUCAACGCACACAUUCACCUAUAGAUUUGGGAAGAUAAACUGCUUUGACAUGUAUGAAUACAUAGAAGAUGUGACAGCGAACCUUGGGGAGAAACUAACAGGGUACAAGAAACCUCUAAGACGACCAGCAAACUGUAUAUUUAACAAAAUUAUAACUGACUGCAAUAUUCAGGGGAGUAAUGCUAGUGAUGCCAUACUGCAGAUACAAGAAGCAGUGGAUGUGAGACUGCGGCAGGAAGCGUUGCUCGCUGCACGGAACGAGAGCUCUAUUAGAGAACUGGAGGCUGAAAUUAAGCAAAUGUCCACCAUACUGUCUGACAAACAUGCAGUAGACCUCCAAGCAACACAUGACAAGAUGUUGGAAGAAAAAUUACAGAAGUCUAAACAAGAAAUGGCUAAUGCAUGUGUUGAGGCUGUCAAGACCCCAGCAGAGGCUCAUAUGGAUAUAUCCAACUUCCUGAGCGAUGUCAACCACAUGUCAGAUAGUGGAGACUCGGUGCAGAUAGUAUCUGACAGCAAUGCUGAGAGGAGUCCUAGUCCAGUUCUUGCACCAGCAAAAAGGCCAACAUUUAAUUAUGCAGCUGCUCUUAAAAAAAAAAACACAGUGACCAACUCAUCUCCAGUAGCUUCAAGCAGUAAAGCCAAAAACUUUGUUGAAGACCUUAUAACUUUUGAUGUUGAUGACAACUCUCCACCCAAAAUUGCAGUCACUCAAGACCUCAAGUGUUUAGGAGACAGUUCCCCAGAAUACUGAAGUGCCUUCUGAACUGAACUCAUGCAAAGUGAUGAUGAAAACUAUACUCUGGUUGUUGAAAAGUGAAACAGUUACUAAAAGUUACAAGUUGACAAUGUGUUGGUAUUAGCUUCUAAUAAAUCUUUAGAUUUUACAUUGAAGUACUAAAUAUUAAAUAUUGCGUGGCAUUCUAUUCUACUAAUUGCUUAAGUGUUUUGUAGUUAACCCUAUCAAUAUUGAUAAAAGCUGUUGAUACAAUAUCUAAACAGUAAUGCCAACCUCAGAAAGUGAUUAAGAGUGAUGUUUACUGCAUCAUAUUGGUCUGAAGUGGGUCUGAAUGCUGUACCUGAGCCAUACAUUAUCUAAUGCAAUUCCUCAGAGCUUAUCUGCAUACAUUCACUAGUAAGUAUUAUUUAAUUAUUUUAUAAAACCAGAUUUGGGUUAUGAAAUUUAAUUUUUGUUUCUAUUGACUUGGCUAAGAAACAUUACGGUAUGAUCAGGGAUACAAUGGCGAUUUUGUAUUUUUUUCUGUUUGAAUAAGAAUGGCACAUUAUAAAAUAGGUGAUAUUCUUCUCCCUUCUUCAGAUAAAAAUACAAUAAUUUAAUUUACCAAGAGUUGUAAAAUUGUAAUUUGUAAUGUAUACCUGAGACCUAUAUUAGUUCUCGUUUAUAGUGUUAGUUACCAAAGGUAUGAGAAAUUGUAUUUACCUAUAACUUAAAUAUAUUGAAGCCAUUGUAAUGUAACCACAUGUUCCACAGUUAAAUCAAUUUAGAGUUAAAAAUAUUUUUUUACGAAUAAGAUCAGUACUUAUUUCUGGCAAAAGUAGGAACGAAAUUUCUUUAGAGUUUAAAAACCUUGUAAAUAUAAUUAUUGUUAUAACUUGUAACCCUUGCUGUACGUAACUUAAUAG